GGGCGGCGGGCAGACGGCCUGCUGAGGGCUGUGCCGGGGCUCCGAGGUCCCGUCCUCCCCUGCAGAGGCGGUGUGUCCAUGGUCGGGUCGCGGGCAGCUGGCCUGAGCCUCCCCACGGGCAGUCGGUGGCUGUGGCUGGGAGGCGUGGAUGCCUCGAGCAGGCUCCCUUUGGCCCAGCCUCACUGGGGGAGCUGGGACCCACAGGACCCACGGGCUGGUGCCGGAGCCUGGCACAAGUGCCAUGUCCACGUGGCCCAGGCCAGCAGGACACAGGUGCCCAGCCUGGGAGAGGAGAGGUCUGUGUGGCAGCCCCCUGGCCGGCUGCUGGCCGCAGGUCACGUGGAGGGUCCCAGCGGGGAUGGCGCAGCGCAGCCUUCUGUACCAUGACCUCCUUGAGACCUGGGCUCAGCACCCGGACACUCGACCCCCACAGUGAGUCCAGGAGUCACUGGGGCCGGCCGCUGCCGUCCUGGGAGGUGAGCACCUCCACCUGAGCCAGGAGGGAGGGGCCAGGUGUCCUCGGGCAGAUGCUCCUCACGUUGUCCCCCCCCAGCUUGUGUCUGGGGCGGCUCUGCCUGUAGCUGCCGACUGUGGACAUGGCCUGGGGCCGGGGUCUCCUUCCCCGUUGUUCCUCCUGGAGUCUGCCCGUUGCGGGGGGGGGGUGUCUGGAGGGUCCCCUGUGCUGCCCUCCAGGGUAGUGAGCUGUGCCACCUUCCUCAAGGCUGGGCUGCAGGCAGCAGGUCCUUGACGGCCAGCCACAGCUCUGACGGCCCGUAGCCCCGGGCUGCACCAGCCGAGGGGUGGCUGGCCAUGGGGGUCCUGCCUUAGGCAUCGAGCCUCCACCCGGGCCUCCACUGGAGCCUGUGGGUGCCACCUGGCUACAGCCGUCUUGCUGCCUGCAGCCCAGAGGUGAGGAAGGGCCCCAGCUCCCCCUGGGGACCCGCCCACUGUCACUUGCUCUCCUCUGCUGGCUCGUCUGGCUGUGCACAGCUACUGGGGGAACAGUCCUGGGGACUGGAGAGCCCAAGGGGCCCGGCUGAAUUGAGGGCAGCCCCUCAGUAAGGGUGUGCCCUGUGCCCCAAGAAGAGGAGGGGGCAGAAGGGCUUUGGGGCAGCUAUGUGCCACAGCUUUCCUCCGAGGUCAACCAGUCUCCCCUGCUGGCCCCGCUCACCCCAGGUCACCAAGGCUGGGACAGGCUGGGAGCCCAGUGGGUCAGCUGUCCUGCUUCCAGACCCUGCUCUUCCCGGGAGUGGGGCCAGUGCCUGUGGCAGCACCAGGACCCUAGGGUGGGGGCCCUGCAGCGGAGCCAGAGGGGUCAGGAUCCGGGAGAGGUGGUGAGGAGCGGGGUUGUACGAGGCGGCUGAGGGGCUGUGAUGGAGUGCGUCCCGCCCGUGGCUUCGGGGCCCCGCCCUGAAGGGGCCGGGUGGAGGCAGCCUCGCCCCUUGGGCAGUAGCAGUGUGGGUUCCGCCCCCAUCAUCGCCCCGGGUCACCGGUGAGCCCUCCCCCUUGGAGUCCGCCAGCUCUGGGGAGGAGGGGAGGGUUUAUUUGGCGGCAGCGCGGGGCGGCAAGGGCACUGCUCACGAGGGAACCUGGGGGGACAGGGGUGUGUCCUCCCGCUUCCCUUGCUAGCCCGGCUCAUCCCGCGCAGACAUGCAACAGUGGUGGCCGGGCAGCCCUCCGGGCUGUGCUCCCGCGCCGGGGCUCUGAGUGCCUUCAGGCACCUGGGCUCACAUCACUGAGCCGCCGCAGCCGACCCGGCAGCCAACAUGCGCUGGGUCUGGGCGGCCGCCGCGGCCCUCCUCUGGCCACAGCUCACGCUCCAUGGGGGCGUGAGGGCCCGGCGGGAGCCCAAGAGGCCACGGAAGCCCGGCCAGCACCCCGCAGCCCCCAACGCCACCACGUCCAGCAGCGAGGGGCUACUGGGCUUCCCCAAGCUGCCUGAGGCCUCAGGGCCUGAGUUCACAGAUGCCCACAUGACAUGGCUGAACUUCGUCCGGCGCCCCGAUGACGGGGCCUCAAAGAAACGGUGCCGAGGCCAGGACAAGAAGUCGCGAGGCUCCCCUGGCCCCCCAGGACCCCCCGGUGCGGAAGUGGCCCAGGAGGCUGUGCUCCGGGAGUUUCAGGGGAUGCUGAAGGAGGCUACCGAGCGUCGGUCCUCAGCGCCGCUGGGCCCCCCGCUGCCCGAGGGGACGGGGAGGUGGCUGGUGUCCGAGGCCUUCCACUGUCGGCUGAAGGGCCCGGUGCUGGUGGACAAGAGGACGCUGGUGGAGCUGCAGGGCUUCCAGGCCCCCGCUGCCCAGGGUGCCUUCCUGCGGGGGUCUGGCCUGAGCCUGGCCUCCGGUCGGUUCACAGCCCCGGUCACUGCCAUCUUCCAAUUCUUUGCUAGCCUGCACGUGGACCCCAGGGAGCUGCAGGGCAGGGCCCGGCUGCGGGCCCGGGACACAGUGCGUGUGCUGGUCUGCAUCGAGUCCCUGUGCCAUCGCCACACGUCCCUGGAGGCCAUCUCCGGCCUGGAGAGCGGCGGCAGGGUCUUCACGGUGCACGUGCAGGGGCUGCUGCAGCUGCAGGCGGGACAGUACACCUCCGUCUUUGUGGACAAUGGCUCCGGCGCAGCCCUCACCGUCCAGAGCAGCUCCAGCUUCUCCGGCCUGCUUCUGGGCACGUGAGGGGCCGACGGGCUGCGGGGGAGCUGCCGCAACCCUCACCCUGCUGCCCUCCGGUAAACCUGGGGUCACAGCAAU